UCCAAUAAAAUUGUAUUUAUAAGUGUUUAUUUGUUACCAAACCACACAACACAACACAACAAGCGAGCCACAGGGUUUGGUUUUGUUAGGUUACCUCUGUGACAUUUGUGUUGUUAGUUGCGGCUGACACCCAGAAACAAAGAGGAAAAAGAGAGAAAAGCGCAGAUGGGUAGCACAUGGAAAUUGGCGGAUCAUCCAAAGCUUCCAAAGGGGAAGCAGGUGGCUUUGAUUGUGUUGGAUGGUUGGGGUGAGGCCAAGCCCGAUGAGUACAAUUGCAUCCACAACGCUGAAACACCCUGCAUGGAUUCCCUUAAAAAGGGUGCCCCUGAACGGUGGAGACUGGUUAAGGCUCAUGGUACUGCUGUAGGCCUUCCAUCAGAUGAUGAUAUGGGCAAUAGUGAAGUUGGUCAUAAUGCCCUUGGGGCUGGUCGCAUAUUUGCUCAGGGUGCUAAGCUUGUCGACCUUGCUCUAGCCUCUGGAAAAAUAUUUGAAGGAGAAGGUUUCAAAUACAUAAAGGAAAGUUUUGAAACGGGUACAUUGCAUCUCAUUGGGUUACUGAGUGAUGGUGGAGUUCACUCCAGACUUGAUCAGUUGCAGUUGUUACUUAAAGGAGUUGGUGAGCGUGGUGUUAAAAGAGUCCGUGUCCAUAUUCUAACAGAUGGCCGUGAUGUUUUGGAUGGUUCAAGUGUCGGGUUUGUGGAAACCCUUGAAAAUGAUCUUGCACAAUUGCGUGAGAAAGGUAUCGAUGCGAAGAUAGCAUCAGGUGGGGGUCGAAUGAAUGUCACAAUGGAUCGUUAUGAGAAUGACUGGAAUGUUGUGAAACGAGGGUGGGAUGCUCAAGUUCUUGGUGAAGCCCCUCACAAGUUUACAAAUGCUGUUGAAGCUGUCAAGAAGCUGAGGGCAGAACCAAAAGCCAAUGACCAGUAUCUGCCUCCUUUUGUUAUUGUUGAUGAGAAUGGAAAACCUGUUGGUCCAAUAGUUGAUGGUGAUGCGGUUGUUACAUUCAACUUCCGAGCUGAUCGUAUGGUUAUGAUUGCUAAGUCUCUUGAAUAUGAAAAUUUUGACAAAUUUGAUAGAGUUCGUUUCCCAAAAAUCCGCUAUGCUGGAAUGCUUGAAUAUGAUGGUGAAUUGAAGCUUCCAAGUCAUUACCUUGUUUCUCCACCAGAGAUUGAUAGGACUUCUGGUGAAUAUUUAGUGCAUAAUGGUAUUCGAACCUUUGCUUGCAGUGAGACUGUCAAAUUUGGUCAUGUCACAUUCUUCUGGAAUGGCAACCGAUCUGGGUAUUUUAAUAAAGAAUUGGAGCAAUAUGUGGAAAUUCCUAGCGACUCAGGGAUUACAUUCAAUGAACAACCAAAAAUGAAAGCAUUACAGAUUGGUGAAAAGGCUAGGGAUGCUAUUCUUAGCGGGAAAUUUGAUCAGGUACGUGUCAACCUGCCAAAUGGUGACAUGGUGGGGCAUACAGGUGACAUUGAAGCAACAGUUGUGGCUUGCAAGGCAGCUGACGAAGCUGUGAAGAUGAUUAUUGAUGCCAUAGAGAAAGUUGGAGGAAUUUAUGUUGUCACAGCUGACCACGGAAACGCAGAGGAUAUGGUCAAGAGGGAUAAAUCUGGAAAACCUCUUCUCAAGGAUGGAAAAAUCCAGAUUCUUACUUCCCAUACUCUUGAGCCUGUGCCAAUUGCUAUUGGAGGCCCUGGAUUGAUCCCUGGUGCCAGAUUCCGUAACGAUGUUCCAACCGGCGGGCUGGCGAACGUUGCUGCAACUGUGAUUAAUCUUCAUGGAUUUGAGGCUCCCAGCGACUACGAGACAACUCUCAUAGAAGUAGUUGAUAAUUGAUAACUAGGAACAAGUAGAUGAAUUAUUAUAAUUUUCGAAACUACAGGGAAAGCUGUAGAUUACAGCCCUCAAAUAAUUGAAAGUUUUCAUCCCUCCACAUGUGUGGUGGUUUUGUUCUUGUGAGUUUCCAAUCAGUCUGAAGUUGAGACAGAACGGUAUAAGUACUUUUAAGUGAUAUUUUGAUACUUUCACUCUUGUGCUUUGAAUCAGGUUUUUUGAUUGACAACUUAACUUGCAAGGUCACUUGCAAGGUCAUCUCUAAGGCUAAA